AUGGACCCCCAAGAAUCUCAAACAGCUGACUCAACCCUCCAACCUGACCAUCUAUACAAUGGAAGACGAGCUUCCCUGUCUCUCGACAUCGUAGUCAUAGGAUGUGGUCUAGGCGGUCUCGCUGCUGCAUACUGCCUCGCACAGGCAGGUCACAAAGUUACCAUCCUUGAAGCGGCACCCGCCAUCGGUGACGUGGGCGCUGGCAUCCAAGCCAGCCCUAACGUCUCGCGUCUCUUAAAGCGUUGGGGUCUCGGCCCACAUCUCGAGGAGCUUGGCGUCAAACCACAAAAUUUGAGCAUCAGACGAUGGAAGAAUGAUGAAGUUGUGGGGUAUACGCCAUUCGGAGAGACGUUCGUGAAGGAAUACGGUUCCCCUUAUUACCACGUACACCGAGCUGAUUUCCACCGUAUGCUCUACAACGUCACCGAGCCAUACUGUAACAUCCGUGUCGAUUGCCGUGUUGUUUCCGUGGACCCGUCAAAACCUAGUGUGACCCUUGCAUCUGGGGAGGUCGUAUACGCUGACAUACUCAUUGGCGCCGACGGAGUCAAAAGUAUCACUCGGGAGUAUGUCAUAGGCGGGCCCGAUGCGCCCAAGGCUACUGGUGACUCUGCUUACAGAGCCCUCAUCCCGACCGAGUUACUAUUGCAGGAUGAUGACCUACGACCACUGGUGGAGAAAACGGAAUCGAUUAUAUGGAUGGGUCCGAAUGGUCAUAUUGUUGGUUAUAAUAUUCGUGCCAAGAAAGAAUAUAACCUCGUCAUGAUGCACCCUGAUGACGUUGAAGGGGGUAUAGAAUCGUGGACUGCUGGAGGCAAUGUGGAACGAAUGAGAGAGUUCUACAAAGGAUGGAACAGUAGUAUCCAAAAACUUCUGGCCCUUAUUCCAACAACGCUCGAUUGGAAGUUGAUGGUCCGAGACCCACUGCCUUCGUGGAUUCACAAGGAUGGCAAGUUGGCCUUGUUGGGCGACUCAUGCCACCCAAUGCUGCCGUACCGCGCACAAGGGUCAGCCAUGGCGAUCGAAGAUGCUGCUGUCCUAGGCAACCUAUUCUCACACUGCUCGGAUCGUUCGCAGAUCACGCCGCUACUUUACGCAUACCAGUCUAUCCGAUACGACCGUGCCACCGCGACGCAGACGUCCUCAAAUCUCAACCGGUUCAUAUUCCACAAACCCGACGGACCAGAGCAGGAAGAGCGCGAUAACCAGAUGCGUGCGGCGAUGGAGGACGCUUUACGCGUUGCGCGCGGCGAGGAGAGCACGCUUGUGUUGGAUGGCAAUGCUAAUCAGUGGGCUGAUAAGACGAAGAGCGACAUCCAAUAUGGACAUGACGCGGAUGAGGAAACGGAAAAGUGGUGGCUUGCGAAUGGCGAUAAGUUGAUGAGCUUCGUCCCUACAUCCGAAGCGGUAAAUUGA